CUUCGAUCCAUUGAACAACCACUCCUUAUCACUGUCACCAUUGCGGCACCUGUACCAGCAGCAUCCUUCACUUUGUCAAGGUACCGCGUCGAACGGAUCCUCGUCAGACGAGUGUCAAUCACUCGAUCCGAGCGAUCGCAAGCCCUGUCUGCCCACGAUGGACUUCUUCUGGACCAAGUUCGUCCUCUGUCCAAACGAGGGCCCGCACCAGACCGUGGAGGAGGGCCUGGCUUAUAUUCGAAGACGGCGGAUCAAGUUCACCAACCUCCAGAACACCUUCAGGCGCUUCCUCAGCGAUCUCGAAUCUCUCACGGGCGAUCUUGCUGCGAGCAAGGCUGAAUUGGAGCUCAUCGAGGAGGACAUUGCAGGCAUUCAAAAGACCCUAGAUCAAUUGGACGAUCAAGAGGCGCGAUUUCUGGAGAUCAUUGCCGGCGGAACGUGAGUCCAGUGAUAUUCUUGUCUUCUGCGAUGCGGAAGCUGACUAGUCGGAUACCCUGCUCGCUACCAGAAAGAGGAAGGCCGGAACUUGAAAGCUCCUGCAGUCUUGUAUCUGGCCACCUCUAGAUCGAGUGCGCCAGAUUAGGGGAGCUACCGCUUUCGCUGCCACCAGACCUUCCUCAUCACGACUUCAAAGAGCG